AUGGCAGCAAAGGCAAAGGACAAAGAGUCGCAGAAACCCAGUUUGACUGAAGAACAAAUAGCAGAGUUCAAGUUGGCGUUCAGCGUGUUCGACAAGGACGGUGAUGGGACGAUCGAGGCUACGGAGCUUGCCGAUGUUCUCCGAAACAUGGGACAGAAUCUUACGGACGCCGACCUGGAAGAGAUGAUAAACGAAGUGGACGAAGAUGGGAACGGCGAGAUAGACUUUGACGAGUUCCUCACGAUGAUGGAGAACAAGAUGCAGUAUAAGGAGGAUGAGGACGAGGUCCUAGAGGCAUUUAAGGUAUUCGACAACGGAAAGGGUUACAUCAGUUCUGACGAUCUACGCGAGAUAAUGAAGACCCUUGGGGACCGGAUGACUGACCAAGAAAUAGAUGAGAUGAUUUUUGAGGCUGAAGUUAAAGACGGCUUGAUCAAUAUACAAGACUUUGUCUCUGUUAUCUGCCGGUGAACUGCCUUUUGAAGAAAAACGACCAGUGACUUCCCUGUUUUAUGUUGAAUGGCACGACCAUGACUGUCUUCAUUGGCUCAGUAAAGUGGGAAUUAUCUUCAUAAAACUAUGACUGAAUGAUAGCUUAACAUUUAAAUAAAAAAACAGUCUGGUAAAAAUGCCUACUCCAGUGGUGAAAAAGAAGAGCCGGUCCAAUGUUUCGUGAGUCGGUUAGACCACUGCUUACAAAGAAUUUAUAAUGAUUGUUC